GAGAAGAGCAUCAGACACGCUCCAAUUGCCCAACGUGUCACUGCACUUGCAUGUGCAAAGAUCUCACCAUUUAUCAAAGACUGGCCCUCCAGGCGAAUGAAAGGAACAUCUGGAUUUCAAGAGUGUUUAACCUAGCAGCUGGCGAGACCUCGUGAGAUGAUGUGUACUGUAUUUCCCUGUACAGUGACUCAUGAUAAAGAUGUAUGUGUGCAAUGAAAGCCGCUGAUGACCCACCUUUACCUUCGUCUGCACUGCGAGCCUGAUUUACAAUAUCGGGAGUCUAGCCAAGAUACACACAAUAUGUGCAGAACAUGCUGCUCAGAAGAUCAUUGUCGAGGGAAAGACAGUCUUCUAAAAGCAAACCUGACUGACUGCCCACUAAAACCUGGAAGAGCUCUUUGUAUCCAGGGAGGUUUAUAAUUAUACACCAUUUAAAAAAAGCAACAGCCUCCAGAGACAUAUCUGUGGACUGGCUGUCGACAACGUCCCUGACCAAGGAGAGAAGAGCAGGCAAUCUGAGAACGAGAGGAAGAAAAGGGCCACCGGCUGCAAAAUGAUGUCUCUCAAGGAGCUGUGUGCCUAUGAAAUCCCAUCCGUUGCUGAACUGCAGAACUUCCUGUUGGCUGACAGACGCCCCACUGGACAUGUCAACCACGUGUGGCCUAAUGUGUACAUUGGCAAUGAAGUUGCGGCGCGAGACAAGCCAAUGCUGUAUAAUAUGGGGAUCACACACAUUGUGAAUGCUGCCAGUGGACCGCCUCAUGUCAACACUGGACCCCGCUUUUACAGAGACAUGAAUAUAGAUUACUACGGAGUGGAAGCUGAUGAUUCCUUUGACUUUGCCAUAAGUGUGUUUUUCUAUGCAACAGCAAGGUUCAUAAGAGCUGCACUGUCAAAAAAUGGAAGGGUGUUUGUCCACUGUCUGAUGGGAGUGAGCCGCUCUGCCACUCUGGUGUUGGCCUUCCUCAUGAUCUGUGAGGAUCUUACUCUAAUGGAGGCCAUUAAAGCUGUACGGGAACACAGGGACAUCUGCCCUAACCCUGGCUUUCUUAACCAGCUCCGACAUCUUGACAUGAGACUCGUCCGAGAGAGGAAGAAAAAACUGGAAGCUUACAAAUUAAAUGCUCCUAAAGACAAACCACUGCAGGCAGUGUAUGUGACACCAUCUAUAUCUGAUCUGCGGGGUCUGCUGCUGUCAAACAGAAAGCCUUUUGGACCUGUCAGUUUUAUCUGGCCUGGCCUGUACAUCGGAGAUGAGUCAACUGCUCGUGAUAAAGCACUCCUCGCCAGGCUGGGAAUCACUCAUGUUGUAAACUGUGCCGAUGGAGCGCAUCGCAUCAACACAGGCGCUCAGUUCUACUCAGACAUGAGUAUCAGUUACUGUGGAGUCGAGGCUGCAGAUCACCCACAGUUUGAUUUGAGCCAGUAUUUCAGCUCCACUGCAUCCUUCAUUAAAGCCGCUCUCACUCCAAAUGGUAAAGUGCUGGUCCACUGCGCAAUGGGAGUCAGUCGCCCUGGAGCUUUGGUCCUGGCUUUCCUCAUGAUGUGUGAAAACCUGACGCUUAUAGACGCCAUCAUCGCUGUCAGACUGAACAGAGAUAUCUGUCCCAACACAGGCUUUCUAGAGCAGCUCAGAGCUCUGGACAAACAUUUGAGGAGAUGAACAUCAGUCAUCAUUUUAUACACCAUCAUGUUGUUCUAUGUCUCUCAUGAGGACACGUAACUAUUUUAUGUAUUGUCAGAAAAGUGGCAAUUUUUUACAAAUUCAAACAAAUUGAAUUGUACGAAUGGAUGAUCUUCACGCCACCAAACCCCACCUCUCAUUGAAUCAUACUAAAAUUUAAAAAUGAGAUCUCACAAAUUACAAUUAGCCUCUAAAUCAAAAAGUUAUGAAUUGCUGUGAGUUUGCAUAUUCCAAACCUCCAAAUCGAGUAAUGUAAGUAUCUCUUAUUAUACUACAAAAUGAGUAAUGGAGUUAUUAGAGGUGUAUAUACUCUAUUUGAACAUUUGUUUUGGCAUGUAACCAAAUUCAGUGUUUCUUUCACUGUGCAAAACUUAAAGGCUCAGUAUGUGAAUUUGACCUCUAGAAGGCAUCAUUUUUGGCACACAAAUAAAUA